CGGGGAGCAGAUCUUCGGAUCCGCAACCGCCACCGCACCGGUCCCCCUGCGGCGUAUCCGACAGACCAUUGCGGCAUUGUGGUACAUACCUAGCCGUCUUCCUCCGUCAUGUCGACCUCCUCACACGUCCCGGGGAAUGCCGUGCCUGACACGCAACUAGGACUCAGCAAUGAAGAGAUACAACUACUACGACAUGGCCAGCAAACCGUGGCGGCCGCAGGGGGCGGCGGAGGAGGAGGAGGAGGAGGAGGAGGAGGAGGAGGAGGCGAAUCGACCUCGUCCCGCGCAGCGAGCCGCGCCUCAUCUCAAGGCCUGCUCGUUAUGGACCCUUCCUCUCUGGCCGCUCUAGGCCGGCACUUUGACCGGGUCAUGCAGCGCAUCCAGCAGCAGCUCGAGUAUUUGAUAGAGCAGUCCCAGCAGGUCAACCUGGAGGUGUACGACCGCGCCGGCAACCUGGUCGAUAAUGCCGACCGCGAGAUUGCGCGGUACCACAGCCUCAUGGCCCAGAUCGACGAGCUCGAGCUGGAUUUUGAUCGUAUAUCCCAUAUUCGGGAAAUCGUGGCCGGGUUUCGUCAGCGCGCCGAGGAUCUAGAGCGCGAGUUGGAGAUAUCGGGGAGUGGUGCGUCACGAAGGGAUCGCCAUGGACAUGGGCAUCGCCACUCAUCGCAUCGCAGUCAUGGACAUCAUCAUUCGAGCUCUGGGAGGCAAAGGAGUUGAGCAAGUCGGAAUCAGAAGGGUCAGAGACUCAAGGUAGAU